AUGGAUAUUGGGAAUCUAUUAAAGGCAGAAAUCGAUAAAAAGAAGAAUGCAUUAGAUCUCAAAAAUAGGCAAGUGGAAGAAGAACCUAGGGUAGCUUCAUCGUUACCAGCACACCCAGAACAGGGCGAAAAGAGUUCAGAUAUGCUUGAUUUGACUCAAAAUAAUGGACAUAAGGCUGAGAAUGCCUCCAACCCUGAUGAAUCUACUUUAGAAAGGCUGAGAACGCGUCCUGAAAGGAUUGAAAGGGCUAUUGAAGAAGAUUCUCAAGUAUCAAUAGAUAUCGACCCUGUAACCAUUGGUGACUCAGAGCGCCGACAAGAACUGUCGAUGCAGUGUAAUAUAUAUAUUCAUGACUUGUUGAAAGAUUGGUCUAAUAGGGAAUACCAGCCCCAUUUACUACCUGAAACCGCCAAAUGUUUCUUCCCACUACUGGUGCGGCUUAGAAAAUCUAAUUUAGACCUUGAUUUACUCACUUCACUAGCGACAGUGUUAUAUCACUUACAAAGAGACGAAUUUCAGCAGGCAACUGAAUCCUACAUGAAAUUGAGUAUAGGAAACGUUGCAUGGCCCAUUGGUGUAACUAGUGUGGGGAUUCAUGCUAGAAGUGCACAGAGUAGAAUUCAAGGUGAUCAUAAUGUUGCGAAUAUAAUGGUUGACGAUAGAACAAGAUUGUGGAUUACAAGCGUUAAAAGGUUAAUCACAUUUAGGGAAAGUUGUAGUGUUGGCAGCAAUUGA